CCUUCCUGCAAACGAAGAACCCUUUAAAUUAUAAAUCAUAAUCCCCAUGAAAGGAGGAAGACGAUUUUUGGCAGAAUUCGGUGAAGAUGAAGAAUUUCUUGCAAAGAAACUCAUCUCAUUCUGUUUUGCAUCCAGCUCUGCUCUUAGUUGACUUGAAUGGCGUUGCGCACGGGGCUCCGUAUGCUUGACCCGAAUAUCGGUGGCCGUGUUUUGUAGUAGAAUGGAUCAAAGGAUGAAGGCAAUUCAACGGAAUCGAAGAAGUUCUGGCGAGAAAUCAGUCUCUAAGUUCUUACAAGAACUCGUUCUGUUUGCAUCCAGCGCUGUUCUGAGUUGGUUGGUGUUGCGGGCCCCGAUCCGGAUACUUGACCCGAAUCAUCUUGUUCAGACCAUUCCUUAUAAGGACACAUCCAAAAAAGCUUACAAAACACUUAACAUCAACACAUGUAGACAUCCACAUUACUCAUCAAGAGCAUUCAACACUAGCUUUUUUGGGCCAGAGCAAGAUCACUCUGCUGCCGCAUUCUUGACCUGAAUCUUGAUGGCACGGUUAAGACCAGUCCUCCCCUUGAGAAGCAUGUACUUGAAGAUCGGAUUAGUGAGCUCCCCGAUGAAAUCCUUAGUCUUAUUCUAUCUUUUCUAACGCUCAAAGAAGCUGGCAGAACAAGUAUUUUGUCGAAAAGAUGGAAGCAUGUGUGGACAUAUGUUCCUGAUCUUGAUUUUAACGCAUUUACUACAUUAUGCGAGAUGGUAACUGGGGAGGAGUACUUGGACCGAAUAAUAAGGGAAAGACCCAAGUUUGUUAACUGGGUAAAUAAGGUGCUACAAUCCCACCAGACCCCGGUUUUGAAUAAGUUCAGAAUUUAUUGUGAUUUGCAUGAUUCCUUUCAUUCGGAAUUGAAUAAGUGGCUUAAGUAUGCCUUUGACAAGAGAGUUCAAAAGCUAGAAGUCAACCUGUCACACCAUGGCCCAAUUUAUAAUGAGUCACGACAUGGGCCAAAUUUUUAUAGGAUCCCCAUCACUGAGAGUUAUGUUUUUCCUUCUACCAUUUUUGCACAGCGAAGUUGGAAUUCUCUCAAAGAAUUGAUUUUGAGACAUGUCUUAGUUUCUGGGAGCGCUGUUGAAUGCCUUUUGUACAAUUGCAAUAAUCUUGAAAGUUUGGCUGUGCAUUGCUCAGAGGAUUUAACAUCUUUGAAAGUUUGUGGUCCAUCUAUUGCAUUACAACACUUGGAAAUUCGUUUUUGUCCCUUGGAUACCAUCAUUAUAAGUGAUGUUAAUCUUAUCUCGCUUAAGAUUGGGAAAACUAGGGCACUAGUGCUUAAGAAUGCUCCGAAGCUCGUGCAUAUUGGCAUCCUCUCUUGUAACCACAUUGUCGAGGAUUUUGUUUGCAAGCUUUCAUGCCACUUUUCAAAGCUGGAGUUGCUUUCCUUGAUUCUAGAUCCUAAUCAAGCUAGAGGGUUUGAUAGAAAAUUACCUCAGCAACCUGCACUGAAGCAGCUGUCCCUACAACUUGUAUUAGUCCAAGUUGAGAGAAUGUUUGGACUCACAUCGUUCUUUAGGGUGUCACCAAACUUGGAGAAGUUUGUAUUUAAGAGAUUGAAAAUUUGUGGAGACAAUUGGUCAUGCAAUCUUGAUACAGUCACUGUGGAAGCUGCAGUAACAAAUGAGGCCAGAAGAGCAAUCGGAGUAAGGUCUAUAGCAUCUGCUUUUCUCAGAAGGCAGAAAGGGAGUGGUUUUGCUGCUUUCUCCAAUUCCCCACUUUUUGAUGAUACUCGCAAACAGUUUAAAGAAGGAGUGGCGCGUUUUGCCCAGGAACAUAUUGCUCCUCAUGCAUCAACAAUCGACAAAACCAAUUAUUUCCCAAAGGAGGUUAACUUAUGGAAACUAAUGGGAGAUUUUGGUCUUCAUGGAAUCACUGUUCCAGAGGAAUAUGGAGGACUUGGCCUUGGUUAUGUGGAACAUUGUAUAGCUAUGGAAGAAAUUAGUCGUGCAUCUGGCUCUGUUGCCCUUUCCUAUGGUGCCCACUCAAACCUUUGUAUUAAUCAGUUGGUCAGGAAUGGAACCAUUGUUCAGAAGGAAAAAUAUUUGCCUAAGGUAUCUGAGCAUGUAGGAGCUCUUGCAAUGAGUGAGCCAAAUGCUGGAUCAGAUGUUGUUAGUAUGAAGUGUAGAGCUGAUCGGGUUGAAGGAGGUUAUGUUUUAAAUGGAAAUAAAAUGUGGUGUACCAAUGGUCCAGUUGCUCAGACUCUGGUUGUAUAUGCAAAAACAGACACUGUUGCUCGCUCAAAAGGAAUCACAGCAUUUAUAAUUGAGAAAGGAAUGCCUGGGUUCAGCACCGCCCAGAAAUUGGAUAAACUUGGGAUGCGGGGCAGUGAUACGUGUGAACUUGUUUUUGAAAAUUGCUUUGUUCCAGAAGAAAAUGUUCUUGGGCAGGAAGGAAAAGGAGUAUAUGUGAUGAUGUCGGGGUUAGAUUUGGAGAGACUAGUUUUGGCAGGAGGCCCUCUUGGUCUUAUGCAAGCUUGUCUUGACAUUGUACUUCCAUAUAUUCGUCAGAGGGAGCAGUUUGGCCGACCAAUUGGAGAAUUUCAAUUAAUCCAGGGAAAAAUUGCCGAUAUGUACACAUCAUUGCAGUCAUCAAGAUCAUAUGUGUAUUCUGUUGCAAUGGAUUGUGACAAUGGGAAGGUUGACCCAAAGGAUUGUGCUGGAGUCAUUCUUUGUUCAGCGGAAAGAGCUACUCAAGUUGCUCUUCAGGCUAUUCAGUGUUUAGGUGGUAAUGGGUACAUAAAUGAAUAUGCAACAGGGCGCCUUCUUCGAGAUGCCAAAUUAUACGAGAUUGGGGCCGGCACCAGUGAGAUUAGAAGAUUGAUCAUUGGCCGAGAGCUCCUCAGAGAGUAG